AUGACAUUUUAUAACAAAUGUACAGACAGUGAUAGUAUAAUAAGCAAACAAAGCAAAAGGCGAUUAAAAUUUGCAACUGAUUUUGAUAAGUCUAUUGUAAUAAACAGCUUUAAAAUACGUGAUUGGAAGCAAGUUUUACCGAGCGAAGAUUGGAAUAUUUACUGGUCGAAUACUCUCAACUGCCGUACCCUUUUCAAUCAUGAAAAUGGAUACAGAUUUCAAGACAGACAGUUAAUAAACCAUUUCCCAAAUCACUACGAGUUAGUACGGAAAGAUUUGUUAGUGAAAAAUAUUCACCGCUAUCAAAAGAACCUCCAGAAAACGGGUCACCCACUUGCCGAGAAAGUUCAAGAAACGCUUCUAAGUGCCUAUAAAGUUACGCGAUAUUUAUAUUUAGAUUUUAUUCCUACAACGUAUGUGCUUCCGGCAAACUACAGACGUUUUGUUGAUGAAUACCAUAAAUAUCCACAAUCGACAUGGAUCCUCAAACCGUGCGGAAAAUCACAGGGCGAAGGAAUUUUCUUGAUAAACAAAUUAUCCAAGCUUAAGAUAUGGUCGCGACAAUCCAAGAAAUGUAUUCCAAAUAAUUUACCUAGCAGAGACAUGUACAUUAUAUCGCGAUACAUAGAUAAUCCGCUUUUGAUCGGCGGAAAGAAAUUCGAUUUGAGGAUUUAUGUUCUAGUGACAUCGUUUCGUCCUUUAAAAGCUUAUAUGUUUCGAAACGGAUUUUGCAGAUUUUGUUCCAUAAAAUACAAUUCAAAUGUCUCGGAACUUGACAAUAUGUACAUUCACAUAACAAAUGUCAGUGUGCAGAAACACGGCGAAGACUAUAAUAGUCAACAUGGAGGCAAAUUGAGUUUGAAAAAUUUGAAGCUCUUUUUAGAGGGUACGAGAGGUCAACAUGUAACAACACGUUUAUUUGAGAACAUAAAUUGGAUAAUAGUACACUCCCUUAAAGCAGUUGCGCCGAUUAUAUCAAAUGAUCGUCACUGCUUCGAAUGCUAUGGCUAUGAUAUUAUUAUUGACGACAAUUUAAAACCCUGGCUCAUUGAAGUUAACGCUUCCCCUUCUAUGACUGCGACAACGACAAAUGAUAAAAUACUUAAAUGUAAUCUCUUUGAUAAUAUUUUAUCCGUUGUUUUACCUCCAAGCGGAAUUCCUGACGCGCGAUGGAACAAAACGCCCGACGCUAAUGCUUUAGGAGAUUUUGAAAUACUAAUCGAUGAAGAUUCCACUCUGAAUGAAGAUUUAACAGUUAAAUAAAAUACACUAAACAAUUCUCAAGCGCAACCUUAAAAUAUGAAUUUCUUGCUUUAAAUUAUUUUGUUUCGUUUGUAUUUUAACCAGCAAUAAUUGUGCUUUUCGAUAACGAAAAAUACACAUUUAUUAUAUUCAAAAUUACAAGAAAGAAAUCAAGACUCUUCACAUCAAACACCUUCAAUUAGAAGAAACUGCGAACACUAAUAAAACAUUUAUCAACCACACUACAAAUCUAAUUCAUUCUAAGCCGUUGCAAAUAUUCGAAAGUCAAGUAUGUCAGCUAUACAAAGAUUAUCUACGACUGAAGAUGAAAUGAAAUUUUUCGGUCAGCACGUGUGCCCUGAGUUACGAUCGGCCCGCAAGCCAACUUAUAACAGAGCAGUGUUGGACGGAGCUUGAACAAUAUUUUUUACUAUUGCGAAAUUUUCUCUCGAC